AUGUCUACUUCGAGUGCAGAAUGGAUCAACACGAUCCGCCAAGCUGUGGAUAAUAAUCUCGAAUCAAUAUCAAAGAUUAAUUCUCAGAUUCACAGCGAACCAGAGCUCGCAUACGAGGAACACAAAGCCCACGCCAACUUUGUCUCCGUGUUAGAGUCGCUUGGCUUUCAGGUAACUCCACAGGCCUACGGUGUAGCCACCGCCUUUUCAGCCGAGUACGGCUCCGGCGGGCGCUUAGUCGUGUUCAAUGCAGAGUAUGAUGCACUGCCCGGAAUCGGCCACGCGUGCGGUCACAACUUGAUUGCCUCUGCGAGCUUUGCGGCUUUUCUCGGCGUGGCUGCCGUUUUGAAGCAGACGCCGGGCGCUCCGGGCAGGGUGCGACUGCUGGGCACUCCGGCAGAGGAAGGCGGUGGCGGCAAGAUUCACCUCAUCAACAAUGGCGCGUACCGGGAUGCUGCUGCUUGUCUCAUGACGCACCCGGGUCCCCAAUAUCUCCUUGCCGGAAAUGUCACUGGCGUUGCCGCUGUCAAGAUGCUUGCCAAUGUCAAAUGGCGAGUCAUUUUCAGCGGGCAGACUGCGCACGCGGCCAUGGAGCCCUGGAAUGGCCUAAAUGCCCUGGAUGCCGUUUGCUUGUCAUACAAUGCAAUUUCUAUGCUAAGACAGCAAAUUCGACCUCAUGAGAGAAUACAUGGUGUCAUAAAAGAGGGUGGUGAUCGCCCGAAUGUCAUUCCCGCAUCGACCAGUGUCGAAUACUAUGUACGCAGCGACACCUUGGCCGCUGCCGAGCGGUUGUGGAAGCGUGUUCGAUUGUGUUUCGAAGGUGCCGCCACUGCUACGGGUUGUCAGGUGCGGUAUGAGCCUACGAAUUCUUAUGCGGAUCUGCGAUCCUCCAUGGUACUCUGCAAAGAAUUUGUCGCCACAUUUCCUGAAGGGACAGUGUCUCUAGACGAGCCUGCCGACUUUCUCGCUGGCUCUACUGACAUGGGAAAUGUUACUUAUGAGUGCCCUGGCUUCCAUGGCGCUUUCGGAAUUGACACGGAAAAGGGCCAAGGAAACCAUACCAGACCAUUUGCCGACGCUUCUGGUCUGGCAAAGUCCUUUGAUCGGGCUCUAGAGUGGGGGAAAAGUAUGGCCAUAGUAGGAUACCGUGUCCUGUCCGAUGACGACUUCAAUCAGACAGUUCAAGAGGACUGGAAAGCAGACAUGAAACGCGCAGCAUUGUAA